GCAGAUACGGCCAAUACUGGAUUCUGUCUAAAUUACCAACUGAAUUAACAAAAAAAUAUAAAACCAAAUUCCUGAAUGGUGUAAGGCGAUUGCUGGUCGGAGAGAAAUAUUCGAUCAGAAGACAAAGGAAGAGACCAGGAAGAGGAGCGGAGAAUGCCAUAACUCAGUCGACUUUUAAUAGCAAUGUUGUGUUAUGCGAUCAAUUUUGCGCAAUUGAUAAAUGUUACCGGUACUGUUGGUGCGGUACAUCUUGAAAAUGGGGCGAGAUAGACCACGCCUAUGUGCUUGGGUAUAUAAAAGGAUUCGGUUUGAUGCAAAACAAGAAACAGUCUACAAAAUGAUUGCUUCGUUAUUGCUGUGCAGCUGCUUUAUUGUCGUCUCUAUCGUCGGACAAGAAGAUGAUUUCGUGUUGUAUCCAGUGGCUGAUUUGAGCCAUCCGGAAAUUCCUUAUCAUCACGGCCCCUUCUUACAUUACUAUCUUAAGAAACAUUUCUACAAACAGCGGAACCCCUUCGUCGCCUGUACUACAUCCAGCGGCCAAACUGGAAUCUGCACUCAAAAAAUCGCUUGUGUCUUGUCUGGUGGCCGAUCUGGCGGUUCCUGUCACAACGGGAAAGUUUGUUGCGUCAAUGUGAUCAAUACUUGCGAGCGAACGGUUAGUCUCAACAACACUUACUGGCAAUCUCCGUCCAUUGGUGUCGGCCGUUCCUCCACUUGUGCACUGACUGUCAGUUUGGAUAGUAAACAGAAGAAACCCAUUUGUCAAGUCCGUUUGGACUUUGUGUCAUUCACAACUGCACAGCCAACUGACGGAACUUGUAUGGACACAUUUGACGUUUUCGGAUCUGCAACCGUUGCACCAACAAUUUGUGGAGACAACAGUGGACAGCACAUGUACCUUGACGUCUCGUCGUCUGCUGAUGCUCCUACCGACAUGCAACUCCUGUUCGAUUUUGGAACGGAAACAUGCGAGCGUUCGUGGAACAUUAAAAUCGCUUUGCUUCCCUGCGAGGCUUCUUAUUUAGCUCCAAAGGAUUGUCUCCAGUACUUUACGUAUCAUACUGGAAGAGUCAGCUCUUUCAAUUGGCAGGAUGUCGCCAGCACAACAACUCGUCAACUUAACAACCAAAACUACAAUGUUUGCUUCCGGACGGAACUAGUCUCACAAAAGAAAGCCAACCAGUUGUGUCUUUCGGUAUGCUCAGUGACGAACGGUGGUGACGCCUUCUCCAUAACUACACCACCGGCAAUACUGGCUGCUGGCGGAUUGGCUUCUGCCGGCAGCUACUACGCCGCCAUCGCUGCUACACACUCAGCCGCAGGAACAUUGAUAAGCGAUCCGCAAUAUACACAGCCCCAAACAGUGACGUGCCUGUACGAUUUCCUUCUGAUCGCCAGUGGCCGAGAUCCCAUCACCGGAAUCGAGGCCGAUCGUUUUUGUGGAAACGAAUUGAAUCCAUCUCCGGGUUUCUUAUUGGAUUCAGCCACGGCUUUUAUUCCUGGUUUAGCCACUAGUGUCAAAGUGUGCACUUCGAUGAAACCAUUCAGAAUGACCUAUCGAACCGAUCACACUGAAUGUGCGGUGGAUUACAAUCCGCCUAUCAUUCAAGCAAUUGUCGACAUAGCCAAUACUGGAUUUUGUCUUGUAUAUGAAGAAAGUUAUACCUACUAACACAAAUGUUGUAUUGUAGAAAAAGUCUUCAAAGCUCUUCUUCUUGAAAAUAAGAGCUUAUGAGACAUUUUUUUGUGGGAAUGAACCGCUAAAAUCAUCUGCACCUUGCUGCUUGGUGCUUACCCUCUUUAUUAUUUAUUGCUGUUACAUUUAUAUAUUCGUUUCUCGACUUUCAACUUAAAAUAGUACCGUUAUCUGUUUGUACUCUGAUCGUAUUACAGAACUGUAACAGUGUUCGGUGUGUAGCGGUAGCACAAUAUAUGCAGAUAUAUGUAUA